CUACUAGUGCUAGUAGUAUCAGACCAAGCAACUCCCAAAACUCCACAUAAAUAAUCACAAAAAUAACCUUCUCCGCAUUUCGGCCCUCGGCAACGCUUCCCCAUCAACUAAAACCAACAAAAGCCCCCAAGAUAAAAACCACGACAACCCAUAACCCCAAUAAGUAAAAAUAAAACCAUCCACAGAUCAAACCCAAACAACAAAAGAAAGCCAAAUACCGAAAAAGAAAAGAAAAAAAUGUCCUUCAAAACCCCACCCCCAACCCCACAACAUGCCAAAGUGGCCUUCCCCACCCCAAACGUCCUACAAGUGACGCUCUCACGGCCGAAGGACCUAAACUGCAUAAACACAGCAGGUCACAAUGAGCUGCACGCGCUCUGGGAAUGGAUGGACGAGGAGCCGAGCAUCAGGGUUGGGGUGUUGACAGGGGAAGGCAGGGCGUUUUGUGCCGGGGCGGAUUUAAAGGAAUGGAACAACCAAGUGAAUAGUGCCGAAGGAUCGAAACGACAACAACCGUCGUCCGGAUUCGGGGGUCUUUCCCGACGGAGUGGGAAGAAACCUAUUAUCUGUGCUGUGAAUGGGAUCUGUCUGGGUGGUGGAUGUGAGAUGAUUGUCAAUGCGGAUAUGGUGAUUGCGUGUGAGAAGGCCUUUUUCGGGUUUCCCGAAGUUCAGCGCGGAGUCGUUGCGAUUGCGGGGGCGUUGCCGCGGGUGGUACGCACCAUUGGGCGACAGCGGGCAAUGGAGAUGGUCUUGACGGGGCGGCGGGUAACGGCAACUGAGGCGGAGAAGUGGGGAUUUGUCAAUGAAGUGCUGCCCACGCCGGAAGAAGUGGUGACGCGCGCAUUGGAGAUAGCGGGUCAAAUCGCGGCGAAUAGUCCCGAUGCCGUGAUCGUCAGUCGGGAGGGGGUCAAGCUGGGCUGGGAGGGCGUUGGAGCUGAGGAGGGCAGUCGCUGGUUGAUCGACGGGUGGCAGAAGAGGCUAAAUGAAGGCGAGAACAUCAAAGAGGGAUUGAGGGCAUUUGUGGAGAAGAGGAAGCCAACGUGGGUGGAUAGUAAAUUGUAGAUGCACUUCAGAACGACAAAUGUACAUUUACGAAAACACCUAUACACUUCUACCAGAGCGAGAAUUGUAAUUCCUACGGAUGCCACCUACACCAAAGACAAGAAGAAUCAUUUCAUAAUCAUUAAUCUCAUUAGACUCUUAUGCGCUGCACUAAGUCAAUACAAAUCAUCAUGUAUGCUAAUCCGAGAUCCCAU